AUGAUCGAGGUGCUUCUCACCGUGGUGCCGUCGGUCUGCUGGCUCUUGCUCCGGUGCUACCGGCUCCUCCAGACGCCCGCGGAGAAGUUGAUCCGCCGGCUCCACGUGGACAUCCCGCAGCCGCCCGCGGUGUGCGUGGACGCGUUGGGCAGCUCGCACGUGGACCUCCGCUGGGCCGCCGCCGCCCCGGACGAGGCCGUCUUCUACGCGCUCAUGGUCAACGGCAAGGACGUGGCCUCGUUGGCCCGCACGCUGGCGCGCCUCAGCGGCUUGUUGCCGGACACCGUCUACAGCGUCCAGGUGCUUGCCGUCAACGUGGCCAGCAGCUUCGUCUCGCAGCUGCCGCCCGUGUACGUGCACACGUACAGCGGCCCGGGGCGCCCCGCCUUGCCGCCGCCGGCCGCCGGUGCCCGCCGGCCGCACGUGCCGCCCCUACCGCCGGGCCCGCGCGUGGCGCCGGCGGAAAUCGCGGCCUUGGACGUGGCGCAGGUGGCUGACGAGCACACGCUCAUGGCGUACCUCGCCACCACGCAGCAGGAGGCGGCCCGCGCCUCGGGCGACCACCACGCGCAGACCGCCGCGCAGGCCUGCGAGGAGGCGCGGCUCCGUUCCGAGCUCGCGGCCUGCCGCCGCCAGUUGGGCGCCAGCACGGACGGCCGCGCCAAGAAGGACCUGGACCUCCGUGACUUGGAGCGCCGCAAGGACCUGCUCACGUUCGCCCGCCUCAAGCUCGCCAAGCUGUUGCGCACGCUUGAGGCCUCGCGCGGCUUGAGCGCUGGUCGGCUCGCGGAGCUCCGCGGGCGUGUGGCCAAGCUCCGCGAGAAGCACCAGCAGGUGCGCCAGGCCGCGGACGCCGAGCACGGCCGCGUGGCCCAUGCCGUGGCCGCGUUGCAAGCGGACAUCGCCGCGGCCAGACGCAGAACCGCGCUGGCGGACGACGCGCUCAAGCUGUUGGCCGCGGACAAGCGGGUCCUCGGGCCCGUGGCUGCGCAGCUCCGCGCGUUGGUCCACCCGGCUAGCGGCGGCAGCGGUGGCGGCGGCGCCGGCGUUUCUCUGGUUGUGCUGCUGGUGCUGGUGCUGCCGCCACCGGCGGACGACGACGCGUCCACGGCGCCUCCCGCGGACAUGUUCACGCGCGACGGUCCGUUGACGAGGGCUGGCGCCCAGACCAUGCAGAAGAUCUUCAGUUUGCGGUCCGACUGGGAGCCCGAGCUCGCGCGUGAGAUCGACAUCUUGGACGGGCUCGACGCGCAGUGGAAGAACGCGUUCCGCGACGCGGUGGCCACGUACGUGCUGCUCUUCAACCGGGUCGAGGCCGCCCGUGCGGGCCGCGUCCCGGACUACGAGCCGCGGCGCAUGUCGGAGCACCAGGCCAGCGUCCAGUUUGCCGGCUUCUACGGCACGCCCGGCCCCGCCGCGCACGAGCCCACGGUGCUGACGCCGCGGUCGCUCAAUGCGCUGAUGGCCGCGUUGCACCAGCACGCCGGCUCCGGCCCGCGCGCCCGCGUGGCGCUGGACCACACGGGCUCCAUCCAUGAGGGCAACCCGCUUGCGUCGCCCAGCCUCGCCCUUUGCAGAUCAUCUCCUGGCCCUGCUCCCGAACAGGCGUACUUGAACGCCCCGCUUCAGCAGGCGCCUCCCGGUGUAUCCAACACUCUAUGGAACAACUCCAGUCAAAGUAGCUUCGUCGACAGCAGGAUCCCGUUCCUGGACUACUCACUCCAGGCCCAAGUCAACGCCGAGCCGCUCCAUCCAUCCGUCUCGCAGCACAGCAACUUGAGUGCCGACAACGGCUUGCUUGGAGGGAUCUUGCUUCCCUCCACAUCGCAUUACUCAACCUCCAACAGCAUCUGGCUGGAUCGAUAUGUGGGUGCCAACUACGGCCACAACCGCACUGUGUCCUCGGGAAGCCACCUCUGGCGGAACGAAGGCGCACGCCGGGAAAAGUCGCCUGCUACUGGCUUUGUUUCCGAAUUCUUGCCCUUCUCGCUGAAUACGCUUCCAUCGCAAAAUGGGUCCACGGAGCCCCACGACCAGCCCGACUACGACAUCAGGCUGAUGUGA